AUGGCAUACUCAUCGCUACCGAGCCACGAUCCCGGCCAAAGCAUUCCCGAAACCGAAGGCGCCAUCGCAUUGAAUGACGGACAAGAUGACAGCCUGCUCGCCCACCAGGAAGAUCCAGUGGUUGCGUUUUCAGCCAACAAGGCUGCUAAUACCGCCAUCCGAAGUUCUGGAGUCUCCUCACCCUGUGCUGGGAAAUUUGAAGAAGCCACCGAGUUCCCAUCACGAAGACUGCAGCACUUCCCCCUCGUUGUCUACCUGAGCUUGGCAUAUGCCGCGGUGGCCGUCUUUGCGUGGUGUAUCACUUGCGUUCUGGUGUACAGGCCUAUCAAUACAGGACACUAUGGACUAUGGCUUCGCGAUGGCGACGUCUCUGGCGCUUACUACCCUUCGACCAAGACAUAUGCUACAAAUGAACAAUGGCUUCGAGCUGCCCGUGUUCUACAGGCUAUUGUCGCCAUCAUCACGAUCCCAUUGACCUCCACUGUCUGUGCGAGUGCCGCUGUUGCGUUCGUGCAGCGGAGCUGCAAAAGCCGCAACUUGACUUUGCGACAGACUACGGUGCUGGCAGACAAUGGCUGGACAGCGAUCGAGGUGUACGAGCAGCUAAUCCGAGGGCGGUGGAAGCAGUACGGCUCGAAACUGCUGUAUCUUGCCAUUGUUCUCCAUCUUCUUGGCGCCAUCGUCACCCCGUUACAGUCCAUUUUCACCAAUACCUUGACCGUCCAGACCCCUGGCGAUCUUCGUCAGAUACAGAAAUUGACUGACUUCACCGAUCGCUUGAGAGGAGACAAUAACGACGAUAUCGCUGCAGCAACGCUGCGUGCUGCCAUGAUAUCAACAUCCAGCACUGAUCCACAAAACCGCCUCUGGAGUGCAUCAGGUGUCACCAACUGCACUACCCAGACACCUGCAACCAGUAGCGCCUGCGCCUUUGGACAGAUUUCACUCAGCAACACAUAUGCUCUGAAUGAUCCGUUUAUGGCACAACUUCCAGCUGGCUACAACACUGGCCUGGUCCGUCAAUUCUUGCCUCGCUUGAACUCAUCCGUGACGCGAGAGAGGAUCACGGAAGCCGACUUUCCCAUGAACUGCAGCUACCAAUCUACUUUCUUCGCCAACUACUCCACCACGGUACUUACAGGAUGGUACAAUGGAUCUCGGGUCGGCCCAUCUUGGCACCUCAUUGCAUGCAUGCCAGGUACUGACGAGCAGUCACGUCCAGUAAGCAGGGCUCGUCAGGACUUCUCAGAACAUCUAUACCUCAACCUAUCGGCAUACAACGGGCCCAAUAGUGACAACGAUACGCCCGACGACUGGAGUGGUCUAUUCCGGGUCACGCUUCGGACUACCUCUGGAUAUUUCGAGCUACCUAAUCAUAUGAAUGCCAAUUUGCCCGGGCCGAUCUUGUCAGACGACCCCAGUGCUCAUUGCGGUCGAGACUGCAUUGACCAGGGAGACGGUAUCUAUAAUCAUAACAGCACCACGAAAUCCAUUCGUCCUGGACACGAACGCCGCAAUACUGUUGAAUCCAAUGGCACGACUGUAAUACCGACAGCAGCUUACAAUGUCAACAACAUCCAAAACAAAGGUCCCCUUCUCACCAUCGCUCUGGCGCUUUUCGGACCCGGAUCCUUCGCCGCAGACAGAGUGACGCAUCCUGCAAAUUACAUUAACGUGGCCCAGGAAGAGUUCGCAGCCGUCUGCAUCGACCGCGCGCCUUUCGUGAGCCUGCUUUCUACUCCUAGUAUGGUUUACGAGGCUACAAGUACACGAAACUCCAUCUCCUGCAUUCCAAGCGGAUACUGGAAUUUUGGACAACUGCAGGAUGCCCUCCUGGAAUAUGUUCAGACCUUUAUAGGACCCCGCGCGACGACAGGCUACACCUCUCCAAAUCAACCGCCGUACGACAAGCUACUAGCAAACGCUUUCGAAGCCGCGGCGUUCUUGGCAAAUGAGCAAUGGUUGACUUCCGCAAAACAGACGACACUCACGGUCAGCUAUGAUGCUGGGAUCCCUCGACAGGCAUUACAUAUAUCCGAAGCUGCCAUCAUACUGAUUUCGAUAUUGCUUGGUAUCUACCUUGCAGCUUUGCUCGGCGUGGCGUUCUACAGUAACCGUGAUCCACGGUGGACGAACCGCCUCGACUCGCUGGUAAUGAUGCAAUAUGGUGCUGCUAUCGCCGACACGUUGCCCAUGAACGUUGUUGCAGACCGUGGGGGCCUGGCAAUCCUGGACGAGGCACCGGGCUGGGUUGGGGAUGUCAAUGAUAUUGGGCAAGCAAGUGUUGGCAUGUUAGGCUUGGGUGGGACGACGCCGCUAAGAGCGAGGAAGAGAUAUAUGUGUUUCGAGCACGAUCAUGAGGGUGAGGCUGUACAGAAGAAGCGAAAUGACAGCGAGAAAGAACGUGUACUGGAUUUCCGACUGAGAUAG